GGCGCGCGGACGUUGGGAGGUGAGGUGAGGCGUCGCCGACGGCCCGCGGUGGUGGCCAGGACUGAGGGGAAGGGAGACCGCCUCGGUGGUCCGGGCCUGUGCAAGAGGUUGUGAGAGGCCGUGCUGAACAUGUGCGGGCGAACCUCCUGCCACUUGCCUCUGGACGUUCUCACCAGAGCUUGUGCCUAUCGCGACCGGCGGGGCCGGCCCAGGCUCCCCGAGUGGAGAGAACCCGACAAGUAUUGCCCCUCCUACAACAAGAGCCCGCAGUCCCACAGCCCCGUGCUCCUGUCUCGGCUGCACUUUGAGAAGGAUGCAGACUCAUCUGAGCGUAUCAUUGCUCCCAUGCGGUGGGGCUUAGUCCCAUUUUGGUUCAAAGAAAAUGAUCCUUCCAAGUUACAGUUCAACAUGAUCAACUGUCGUAGUGAUACCAUGAUGGAGAAGAAGUCGUUCAAGGUCCCUCUGGGAAAGGGAAGGCGCUGUGUUGUUUUAGCAGAUGGAUUCUACGAGUGGCAGCGAUAUCGGCGCACACAUCAGAGCCAACCAUUCUUCAUCUAUUUCCCCCAAGUCAAGACAGAGAAGUCAGGCAGCAUGGGUGCUGCGUACAGUUCUGAGGACUGGGAGCAAGUCUGGGACAACUGGAGGCUGCUGACAAUGGCUGGGAUCUUCGACUGCUGGGAGCCCCCAGAGGGAGGAGACCUCCUCUACUCCUAUACCAUCAUCACAGUAGAUUCCUGCCAAGGCUUGAAUGACAUCCACCCCAGGAUGCCGGCUAUAUUGGACGGGGACGAAGCAGUCUCUAAAUGGCUUGACUUUGGUGAGGUCUCAACUGAGGAAGCUCUGAAGUUAAUCCAUCCUACAGAGAACAUCACCUUCCAUCCAGUGUCUUCUGUGGUGAGCAACUCACGGAACAACACUCCCGAGUGUCUGGCUCCUCUCCACUUGGUGAUGAAAAAGGAGAUCAAGGCCAAAGGCAACAGCCAGAAGAUGUUGCAGUGGCUGGCCUCAAAAUCACCCAAAAAGGAAGAACCAAAAACACCUGAAAAGGAGGAAUCAGAGGUGCCCCAGUGGUCCAGCCAGUUCCUACCAAAGGCCUCAUUCCCCUCCAAGAGAGGCAGAGCAGCAAAGUCCUCAUUCUCCCCGAAGAGAGGCGGCGCAGGGGCCCUGGAGCGUUGGCUGAAGCAGGAGGAGGAGGAGCAGCCCGUGGCUAAGCGGCCUCAUAGCCAGCACUAAAUACUAGUGCUGGUAACAGGUUCUUCCGUUGUGUGCUUCUUUGUGUUAAUUGACGGUGGGCUCAUGAGGAAGUGGCUAUCCUGGCUGUGACGAGGUACCCCAGGGAGGCUGUUGGGCAGCUGCCAUCACUGAUCCUCUGGGCCCCCUGGGCUGCCUUUCCCUGCUAGGGCUAGCAGAGCCUUCCUCCAAGCAGGUGCCUUUCGGGGUGCUCAGCCCUCGUCUGGGGCCUCUAGCAGCAGGCUCUUCUCUGCUCAGCCUCUGGUCUCUCUCUGUGUUCUACAGUUAAGUUCUUGAACUGUUUUAUCAGAAUAAAUUCUAUUUGGUAAACCUCUACCUACAUUAUGGAAAAUGAUGCUGGCGGGGGAGCCGGUAGAGUUCUAGAUCUUACCCAGUCUUCUGGCAUAAGUCUUAAGGAAUAGAUUUUUUCACACAUGGGACACUGGGGCUUGGUGAGGAAAAAAACUAAAGAAGCUUUGGGUGCUAUGGCCUGGGAGUGCAGUGGAGGAUGGCCCAAGUGCUUGGGCCCUGCACCCGCAUGGGAGACCAGGAGAAGCACCUGGCUCCUGGCUUCGGAUCACCACGGUGCGCCAGCCGCAGCGGCCAUUGGGGGGUGAACCAACAGAAAAGGAAGACCUUUCUCUCUGUCUCUCUCACUGUCCACUCUGCCUGUCAAAUAAAUAAAUAAAUAAAUAAAUAAAUAAAUAAAAAA